CUCCGCCUCCGACGUACGAGAUGUCUACCUCCAACUCCAACUCCAUCACCAACCAGCCACAGCCACAGCCACAGCCACCGCAAGAGAAUACUCAUCGAGCGUCGUUAUCAUCAUUUGUAAGUAGACUCUUAACUGGUUUACUUAGCGUUUUUCUCCUCCCAUGUAGACGAGCUCUUAGCUUCAUCAGUGGUAACCCUAAGCCGUGCGAGAUUGUGUCUUCCGCCACAGCCUUACCCACCGAUGAUCAAUCUUCUUAUUCCUUGUUUUCAUCAUUUCCUGAUGAUAUAGUUUUGAACUGCUUAGCUCGUGUCCCGAGACGCUACUACCCAACCAUCUCUGGUGUUUCCAGACACUUCCGUUCCCUUGUGCGUUCUCCUGAGCUUGCAGAUAUACGAUCCUUAGUGAGCAGAGAUAAUGUCAUCUUUUAUGUCUGCUUCAUGGAAUAUUAUACUUCUCUUGAGAAAUGUCAUUGGUUCACUUUGAACCCAAACGACAAGGAAACAGGCGGGAUCCUCAACUCAGUUGAGGUUCUUUCUAAAGAGAUGCUGUAUUCUACUUCAUCCGUGUCGAUAGGUUACAAGAUCUACUUUGUUGGAGGAUCCUCAUUGAAUCCUUCGUCGGGCCUAUGGAUCUUCGAUUCAUGGUCCGGCCAGUUGUGUGAGGGUCCUCGAAUGAAAGUUGCUCGCAGCAGACCAGGCGUGGCAGUAAUUGAUGAGAAAAUAUACGUAAUGGGAGGGUGCUAUAUAGACGAAAUCCAAGUGGAGGAGGUGUUCGACCCAAAAACUCAAACUUGGGACACUGGACCAUACAAAAUGCGGCCGUAUAGAGGGAUCAAUGUGGCCGAAGUUGUGGCCUUGGAAGGGAAGGUUUAUUGUAUGAUGAGUUUUACAAGUGGGAAUCACAUCAUCUACGAUCCAAAAGAUUGUAGCUGUGAGACUUUUAAGACGGUAACUAACGAAGCAAUUUGGAGGAGAGGUGCAUUGUGUGUGAUAAACAGUGUGAUCUAUUAUUAUAACAUUAAUCGUGGGAUAAUGUGGUUUGACUCUAAAGAUAAGGUAUGGAGAGAGGUUAAAGGUUUUGAUACGCUUGAUAAAAAGGAUGUCAUGGUUGGAAUGGCGGAUUGCAAUGGAAAACUCGGGUUUCUGUGGGGUGGACCGGGUGCUGGUAGCAUGGCAGAUGGUAUUAGAGGGCUUUGGUUUGCAAUGAUUGCGUUGGAUAGGAGUGGAGUAGAGAUCCAUGCAACGGUCGAGAGGUCUCAUCUAGUUGGAUCUGUCCCUAACAGCUAUGGGUUUUGGAGUUGUCUAAGUGUUUCUUACUGAAACUUAAAAAGAGAUAUGUUUAUGAUGUUUAAUAUGAGACAUGUUCGUACUUUGUACUAUAUUAUUGAUGUUUAUGAUGUUUGUUUAA